GCUGGUAAGUUAUGGAUGGACCUUGGGGAGUUUUAUGGAAAUGGUUAAGGACAUCGCUAGUGACGAGGUGUAUGGUGAAGUUUGCAGUGUUGUGGGAUGGAAUCCUCCUAGCUCUCCGGGGGCUGUUGGUGGAAUUGAUGAGGAGCCCAAAAUUAUAAACAAGCCAGAAACUCCAGUAUUUGAUCAGCCACCUGAAGAAUUUCAGGUAAAUCCAGGCCAAUCACCGGAAACAGAUGGAAGUUCUCAGCAGCCUGGCAGUGACCAAGAUGAAACACCAUGCAGUCAGACGCCAGAUCGAAUCAUCAAUGUUUUGCAGCCUCCAUUACGACCAAAUAAUGCAAUGGCUAGUUGUUUGAAAACAGAGGAUACUCCUAGCAGUUCAGAGCAAACAUGGCAAAGGGGGAGCAGAGCUAGUAGACCCACUGGAUCUGCUGCACGAGACCAGCGGCCGAGUAGUCAAAUUGAGAGUUUUCCUCUUCACAGAGUAGUUUGCACGAACCCUGAGUUGAGCAGUCGUGGUGACCACAGUCAAUCUAGUGAAGGCCAAGGCAGCUUACCUAGAGGUGUCCAAGCACAGAGUGACACUGAUGGACAACAGGCUGAGAAAAGUCCAGGGAUUGAUGCUGAAUACAUUAGGGAGGAUAUCUCUGCACAAAGUCCUAUCAGUGGUCAGGAAUCCAAGCCAUUGCCCUCAGGAGGGGCAUCUGUAAGGGCAGAGAAGAGCAGUGUCCAAGCAGAAAGCGACACUCAUGGUCAUCAAGCUGAGAAAAGUCCAGGGAUUGAUGCUGAAUACUUUAGGGAGGAUAUCUCUGCACAAAGUCCUAUCAGUGGUCAGGAAUCCAACCCAUUGCCCUCAGGAGGGGCAUCUGUAAGGGAAAGUGUCCAAGCAGAAAGCGACACUCAUGGUCAUCAAGCUGAGAAAGGUCCUGGUCUGGAAGCAGAAAGGCUGCAAGAAGACAUAUCAGCAUCGUGUGACAGUGAGACAAAAGCAUUACCAAUUCCCUCUGUGGAGGAUCCAGAAGGAUUUCAGGCAGAGAAGUGUCCUGAUGUCGAGGCCCAAAGACUCCAGGAGGACCGACGUGCUGAAGAGGAAUUAGGUUUCAGGAACAUACAAGAAGAGUCUGAAAGAAUUGGGAUGUGUACAGCCACUGGGCACAGUUCUAAUGCCAGCAGAAAUGGACUUGUAGGUACUGCCCUACCUUUGCCUCCCAGUGGUGACCUUGUAGAGACUACUGCUUCCAGUUUACCACCAGGAGGUGCACAAACUUCUACUAAUGCCAGCUCUGAAGUUACAAAUACCGCUGCCUCAGGUUCAUCACCAAGAGAUGCACAAACUUCCACCACUGCAGACUGUGAAGCUACCACUGCUUUCAAUUUCCAAUCCACACACAGUUCUGCGUCUAGCUCUACCAUACUUAACAAUUUGUCCAGUCAAGAUCACAAAGGUAAUGAAAACUUACCUAAAGAGGCUUCAGGAAAUCUGACUUCAAGUGCGGAAUCUUUGUCCUCAGAAGAUAAGAGCCAGGAUAGUCGUGGGUUUGGGGUAAGGCGUGAACUGUAUGUGUAUCAGCCUAAAAUAGGACUAUAUGACUCAUGUUCAGAGUCAGUGGACACCACAGAUGAGACAGGAGUCAUUCAGAGUGAAGAUGUAGUGGGAGGCACAAGGGUUACCGGCAGGUACAGUGGCAAUGAUGACGGUGCAUGUAGUGAGGAUGAAGACAGUGCUGCUGAUUGUAGUGCUGAUGACGAGGAUAGCAGUGGUAAUAAAGGUGCCCAGGGUGAUGAUGGUGCCCAGGGUGAUGAUGGUGCCCAGGGUGAGGAUCGUGCCCACGGUGAGGAUCGUGCCAGAGAUGAUGAAGGUGCCAGGGUUCAUGAUGGUGCCCAGGGUGAGGAUCGUUCCCAGGGUGAUGAUGAUGCCCAGGGUGAGGAUCGUUCCCAGGGUGAGCCUGGUGCCCAGGGUGAGGAUGGUGCCCAUGGUGAGGAUGGCGCCUGGGAUAAUGAUGGUGCCAAGGGUGAUGAUGCUGCCUGGGAUAAUGAUGGUGCCCAGGGUGAUUAAGGUGCCAGGGCUCAUGGUGGUGCCCAGGGUGAUUAAGGUGCCAGGGUUCAUGAUAGUGCCCAGGGUGAUGAUGCUGCCUGGGAUGAUGAUGGUGCCCAGGG